ACAUAUUUUGUUUCUCUUCUACAUCUUGGUCAAGGAUCAAUUAGAACUGCAGUUUUUAUGAACUGCAAGCCCAAGCUUUCUGAGAUGCCACUAAAGAGCUUUUACCGUUUAGUUUUGGAACCUGAUAUUAUAUUCCAUGCUAACAAAGGCAUUUCAGCAGGGCCUGUGGCACAUUUUAUUGGACUGCCGGAAGCUCCCUUAUUGACUCUGAAUAUGAUUACCCCUGAAAACUGGUUAGUUGAAGCAGUUCGAAGCUCAUAUGACCUUGAUAACAUUCACUUAAAAGAGAUAGAUGGUCUUGUGAGAGCAGAGUAUGAACUAGGGCAUCUGUUGCUUGAAGGACACUGCUUUGAUGCAACAAAUGGGCAGCCUCCCCGAGGGCUACAGUUUACCCUCGGUCUGAAAAGUAACCUACUUAUUCAAGAUACCAUUGUAAUGGCAAAUCUGGGUUACUUUCAGCUGAAAAGCCAACCCAGGAGCAUGGAUGUUAAAGUUACGUAA